UUUUCCUAUUUUUCCAUUCGACGAUGGGGUGCUCUUGACAAUAUAAAAACCGGCGCGGACGUCCCUGCAUUAUCAGUUGCUUUGCUGCACAUCUAGUGACUUACUUCUCCGACCCGAAACUAACCUCAAACCUUUUCAACAUGUUCAAGUUGUUGGUCGUCGCUUUCGCUCUCAUCGCCGCCGCUGCCGCCACUCACUUGGCUUACAGUAGCUACAUGCCCUACUCUGGUGCUUACUCUGGCUACGCCGCGCCAUACUCCGCCGCCGGCUGGUCUGGCUACUCUGGUGCUUACCCUGGAUACGCCGGCGCUUACCCUGGAUACGCCGGCGCUUACCCUGGAUAUGGAUACUCUGCACACCUCGGAUACUCCGGCAUUGGCGGAUACAUCAAGAAAUAGAAUGUUCUAAGGCGAUACUGGCAAACCGACCCCGAAAUGACCCACCUCAACCCCAAGUACCUCUGCUGUCAUCCCGGCGGAAACCAAGCUCAACCGUAUGAUCAUAAUUGUUUUGUUUACUUUCUAUUUUGCUUUUAAUUACUUCUGUGAAGUCCUCUCAGCUAUUAGAAUCUGGUUUUAAAUAAAAUGUAAAAUUAUCCAUCCACAA